GCCCGAAGAGGAGGCGAAACCAUCCUGAAAGAGAGAAGAGAGAAGGAGGCCAAGAAGAAGAACCUGAUGGAGGAACAAGCGGCAAAGAUGAAGAAGAUUGAGGAGGAGAUGGCGAGAGAGAAAGAGAGGUUGAAGAAAGAAGAAGAGGAGAAGUUAAAAGCGGUAGAAGAGGAGGAGGAGAUAGAAGAAGAGCCACUGGAAAGAAGAAGGGAGCAAAGAGGGGAAUCCAGUGGAACAAGAGAUGACCAACUGGAGAAGAAGAUCACAGAGUGGGUUGCAAAUUUAUCCUUGGGAGAAGAAGAAGAAGCGUUCAUGUAUGUACCCAGGGAAGAGCAGGAGGCGGUCGUAAAGGAGUGGGAGGCAGAAGAAGACCCCCUCAGGCGUCAGGCCAUGGAGGAUGAGACGAGGAUGGAGUGGAAGCUACGACUCAUGAGGGAGAGAAAAAGGAGAAUGGAAGCGGUGAGCCAGGCGGCAAAGGAGUUGGAGGAAGUAAAAAAGCAGAAAGACCAGAUGGCGGUACAGGUGGACCUCCUGGGUAAGAUGGAAAUCAUGGCGAAGAAUAUCGAACGCCUGACAGCGGCUCAAGAAGAGCAAUUCCAGUUUAUUAGAAGUCAAGACAUUGCCAUGCGUUCGAUACAAUUGGGAUUCAGGGAAUCUGUGUGGGAGUUAGUGGUGCAGGUGGGAUCAGAAGUGAAAGCCCGCCUAGACAGCACAGAGCGCUAUUGCACGAGUGCCAUAGAGGGCGAAAAACUGGCCGCUCCCAAGGAGGAGGAAGUACGUCCUCGUAGGGAGUCUGUCAAAGUCAAGUUUCCUGAUUCCUACAAUGGGAAGGAGGAGAACUUUGACAACUGGGAGGCUAAUAUUGAGACGUAUGUGCACUUGCAAAAGGUCUCCCCAGAUGAACAUGUGCUAGCCGCUAUUCACGCGCUAAAGGAAGAGGCCGCCAGUUUUGCCCAAUCCCUAGUCCGGGCUGCAAACUGCAACGAGGAUGUAGUUGCUUACUCCGCGUUCACACCCCUCGCUGAUUUCCUUAAGUUGUUGCGCGAACGAUUUGCCGAUGUCUCGCGCAGUGUCAAAGCUUCCGAUAGGUUGCGGACUAUCCACUCUCGUCAGUGGAGGAGUGCCAAGGCACUCUCGGAAAAUCCUCUGAAGAGCCGAAAGGCAUAACCUUUGCAGAUCCAUCAUCCAUUGAUUGAUGAUGCAUCUUUCAGCCUUCGACUGAUUGCUUGCAUCGGGUUUCAGGUUUUCUAUUUCACUCC